ACGCGCGAUGAUUCGGAUCCCGCAGCCCGGGGCGGGCGGGCAGCCGCCAGGGCGUAGCGCGGUUCCGCUGCGGGAGCGGGGACGGGGCGCGUCCCACCCCGUAACUUCGGGGGAGGUUUUUCCCCUCGCUCCCCCUCGCUAGAUUUUUUGGUGGCAAAAGAGGGCCGGGGGCAGGAGGGGGGGGCGUUGCGCCGGGGGGAGCCUCAUGUCUGCGGCAGGUCACCCGCGCGGCUCGGGCGCCGGCCCCGGCGCUGCCGCGGAUUACCGCGCCUCCUCGCCCGUGGAGCGGCCGGGUGGCCGCGGGUAGCGCUAACGCCGUCUGGCGCCGCAGCCCCUCCGAGGCGAGCCAUGGAGCCCGGCGCGACCCCCGACCUCCGCGACGUCGAGCAGAAGCUGGGGCGCAAAGUGCCCGAGAGCCUGGCGCGGCCGCUGCGCGGGGAGGAGCACCCGGGCCGCGCAGCCGCCGCCGCCGAGCCUGCUCGCGGCCCCGCUGCGGCCCCCGGCCGGCGCCGCGCCGCCGCCCUCGCGCGUCUGGAGACCAAACUUCGCCUCCUGAGGCAGGAGAUGAUUAAUCUCCGUGCCACUGAUGUGAAACUUAUGCGACAACUACUCAUCAUCAAUGAAAGUAUUGAAUCAAUCAAGUGGAUGAUUGAAGAGAAAGGCAUUGCCAGCAGAGGGAGCAGUUUGAGUGGCAGCCUGUGCAGCUUAUUGGAAAGUCAGGACACAUCCUUCCAUGGCAGCUGUAGCAGUUUACAGGACUGUAGUGAUGGUCUGGAUGGAAUAUCAGUGGGAAGCUACUUGGACACUUUAGUUGAUGAUGUUCCUGGUCACCAAACACCUCCUGAUGUAGACCAGUUCAGUGAUUCCUCUAUUAUGGAAGACUCACAUAAGCAUCCCAAAAUUGAUUCAGAUGAGUACUACUGUUUUGGUUAAUAAAAGCGAGUUCCAGUGGGACAUUCAUGCACUUGUAUUUAUCCUUUUUCUUUGCUGCUAUUUUAUUUCACAUGCAAAAAAUCCAAACUUCUCUUGGAAGAAAAAUAUACUAUUAUAUUUUGAUUCCACUUCAGAACUAUUUUGUUUCUUCUAACACAUUUCCUCCUCAAAAAGUUGUCUGCCUCUCUCCUCCUUGCCUUUUCUUUCUUUUAAUUUAUUGUUGCAAUUUUUCUUUUUGUUGCUUUUUUUUUCUUCAUUACUAAUUACUAUAUUUACAAGUCUUUAAAAGUGGUGAAGGAGAAGCUUUAUCUUUAAAGUGAGACUUCAGGGGAUGACAGCAUCAAUUUUGUACUCGUUGGCAAUAAAAUAUAUUCUGAUAAAUAAAAA